UAAAAAUAGUAGGUCUAUUUACGUCAGUUGCUAAAAAUAGAAACUGAACCGCACCUUGAAGAUAAUAAUAUAAGCUAACAGAACUGUUUGUCUUACGCUUUUACUACAAGGUCAAUAUAUUUCCCAAUCCAGUUUUUCAAGUUUCUGGAAGCUAAUGUCCAUGCUAUAUAAGCUUCCAGACAUUUGGUGUUGAGUGCAUUAGCAAGGAACUUCUCUAACGUAUGUGGCAAGUCAUAUCUGCAAAGCCCAGCUGGUGAACUGAAACAUUCGUCGAUCUUAUUGAUUAUUGGUCAGCCGAGAAGAGAGGCACAAACAACCGACAACAUGCCAACCAUUCCACCACCAGGAGAUCUGAGUGAGCUUAAAUCUCUGGCUUCCCCACCCAAGGUUGUGAUGCAAGUCUUCUCGGCUCUUUUGGCACUACUGGGCCACAAGAAAGGCGACGCAGAGGAUUGGAAGUUCGCCAAGAAACAACUGGCUAGUGUCGGUGACCAGAAAAUCAACAGUCAAAUGGCGAAGUUCGACCCCAAACCCCUGACACCUGCCAAGGUCAAGUAUGUCCAGGAAAAGAUAGCUGCUCUCUCUGCCGAGAGUGUGAGAAAGGUCUCAGCUGCAGCAACGAGUUACUACGUUUGGGUCAAAGAGACGGUGAGCUCUCUCCCUUCAGAACUGACAGCUGAACAACCGACAGAACAGGCGGCUCAACAAUAG